CAGGAACAUAUCAACAUGGCCAGUGGUGAUGGACAGCUCAGGCCCCAGCCUGGGCCAGGCUUGUCGGAAAAAGAGCUGGAGCGAAUGUUGUGGUUUUACCGGACGGAGGAUGCAACACCAUGGAAUAUUGCUGUCCUCGUCCUUUCAUUUGCCACACUAGCCCUGAAUGUCUUCCUUCUAUGGAGAAAUAUUAUGUCAAGAAGAAAUCAGAAGAUGAAUUCCCAGGAUACACAAGCAGUAGAAACCAAAUCCUCUCUUGAGACUGUAACCAACAAGGAGGACUCUGUGUCACAGAAGGAUGAUAACGGCUUGUAUAUUUUAAAGGAAAAAUUGCUCUCCCCAAACCAAAAUCCAGAAAAGGAAAUUACUGAAUUGAAAGAAAUAGCCAGUAUAGUUAUUUCCCCAGAGUCACCAGAAGCUGAAAUCUAGUGAGAUUAUGGAGAGCUGAAAAAAUGAAAACCAGGGAAGUAUUUUAAACACCAGGUGCCUGCUUGGUGGGUUAAGUUAAAACCACGGAAGUUCUGCCAAAGACAUCACAAUAGUCAAAGACAUAAAGUAAACAGUA